CACUCCUGCUCUUUCACUAAAGUUCCUCCAGGACCUGGUCUCUGCUGUGGUUCAGAUUUUGGUCCACAGAGGACGCCUGCAGGGCUGGAAGCCAGAGAGGAUGGGGGACAUCUCCCUGGGUGUAAAACUCCUGGCAGAGCAGAUGUGCUCUGAGCUCAAACCAUCAGAUGAGGGGGCUUGUGAUGUUUCCUGUCUGGAAGACUGGAUCUUCAGGGUACAGCAGGUAUCACAGUACCUGGAGCUGCUGGUAGCUGAGGGACUGAGUGUGUCUUUGAGCAGCCGGCCAGCCCCGACGCUGCUGCCCCCCUGCAGGGAGACGCCUUGGAAUGAACUGAAGUGUCUACUGGACAUCCCCAGCCUCAUGUUUCUGGCUCCACAG